AUGUCAGGGAAGGCAGAACAUCUGAUGAGAGGGGAAAGACGGCGUGGGAGGGCAAGGUCGAGUGAGGAGACCACCUGCGAUGGAGGAGGACAGACCGUUGACCAGGACCCCCAACACGGCGAUCCGUCGGUCGCGAUGACCCUCACGUACUGCCUGGAUCUAGUUGUAGUACCUAGUCCUACUACAGAAUCAUUUGCAGGCGGCCUCUGCCUAUUUUGCACGGAGCCUUCCCGGGGUGCCGUGCGCAUAAACAGGGAACCAGUCGCCCAUGACAAGAUCACAGACCUGCCAGAUUGA